AUGGAGGUGACGGCGGAAUGCGGACGAGGUGGAGAGGGUUGCUGCCGCGCCGGCGGUGAGGAGGCCAAGGAGAAGUACUGUGCCAAGGCCGACAGGACGGCGCAGGUGGUGCCUCUAGACGAUGCCGCGGCCCAAGAGGUGAUGCCGCCGUACGUCAUGACCGUCGACGACAGCUCCGUCGACCGCGCCCUAGUCACCGCGCUGCUCCGACGAUCCAAGUACCGAGUCACUGCCGUGGACAGCGGCAAGCGGGCGCUGGAGAUGCUAGACUCGGAGCCCAACGUGAGCAUGAUCAUCACGGACUACUGGAUGCCGGAGAUGACCGGGUACGACCUGCUCAAGAAGAUCAAGGAAUCGUCGGAGCUGAAGCAGAUUCCCGUGGUGAUCAUGUCUUCAGAGAACGUGCCCACGAGGAUCACCAGAUGCUUGGAAGAAGGCGCGGAGGAGUUCCUGCUCAAGCCCGUCAGGUCGUCGGACAUCUCCCGCAUAUCCAACCGGAUGCUGCAGUGA